CCCCGCCCUCCGCCCCCCAGCCCCGCUGGGAGUGUCCGGGGGCCGCGCCCAGCUGGGUCGGGACGGGACGCGCGCCCUGAGCUGCCCGCGCUCCACGGGGACUCGGGCCGGGAUCCUCGGGAGGCUGCAGCGGCCGGGGCCGGGAGCGGGCCAUGAUGGGCCGGCGGCGCGCCUUCGCCGUGGACGGCCGGGAUGGGCCUGGCGAGGGCCUGGCACGGGGCUGCAUAGUGCCUGGAGUCACCAGCACCUACAGACGGAUCCCGGACGCCACCCACGGGUGCUCAUCCUGGGAGAGAGGUGACAAGCUCAGAGGUGUCAACAGGGAGGCGCUGUUUCUCAAACUGGCUUCCCGGGACUCAGGAGUGGAGAUGGCAGUUGGGGACAGCCCCCUGGCUGCCUUACCGGGCCUUUCUCAGGACUCCCUGGACUUUGAAUCCUCAGGGGGUCCCGAGCCCCCGGCCCAUGUAGACCAGCUCCUGGCCAGCCAGAAGCUGGGGCAAGUGCUGGAGCGUUCCCACCGGCUCCCAACAGCUCCCGCUAGCUUGUCAGGACAACACUGCUGCCUGCGGCCGCCCAGCAAGUGCGAGCGUGAAGUACCCCUUUUUGGAGCAGGGGAACCGGAGUCCAUGGAGGCAGACACAGACCUAGAGGCAGGCCUGGAGGAAGAGGCGGUGGGGGGCCUGAGGCCUGGAGCCUGGGCCUGCCUCCCUGGGCAGGGUCUUCGCUAUCUGGAACACCUGUGCCUAGUGCUGGAGCAGAUGGCAAGGCUCCAGCAGCUCUACCUUCAGCUGCAGAUCCAGAGGCCCCCAGGGGAUCCCGGUGAGGAGGAGUCAGCCCGAGCCCCUUUACCGUCCCCGUUACACACCCCAGGUAAUGGGGGGCAGCGGCCAUGGGAGCUGCUAAGCCAGACAGAGCAGACAGGGGCAAAGGCUGCUUCACCCCCAAAGGUGGAGGUGCCCAGCGCCAACCCUCCCAGGCUGCCAGAAACCCCAGUGGAGCCAGCGUACCACUUGCCAUCCUCCCAGGGACACAAGCGGGAUUUCUCCCACUGGGACAAGGUCAAGGUCCUGCUCAACCGGAUCUGCCGGAGAAGCCACCACCACCCUGAGCCCCCUGCCCCUCCUGAUGGCUCUGACCCCAGGAUCGAGUCCAGGGACCUCCCUGAAAGGCCUCAGUGCCGCCCCCACCGGAAAACCUUUAUGCCGUCAUUAGUGGUUAAGAAACAACGAGCAAAACCUUUCUGUAGGCUGAGACCUCUCGGUGCACCUGGUGACCCUGGGUGGAGGGGACUUGCUGUGAAGUCUUCCUCGCCGUUUGCCCUGUUGCUGCUUCUCCACAUUGCCAGGAAAAGCUGCUGACGCCUGCCCUCCUCUCUUGAGUGGAGGGUGAAUCUUUCUCCUCUAAGCAGUCUGGUCAGGAGCCCUGGUUUCUUGAGAGGCCCCCAAGAUGCGGCAGCUCCAGGGCUGUUCCUCCUCACCAGAAAUCCCUGGGCUUCCACAAUGUGAACUCACUCAUUAUCAGGUGUCCAUGGAGUGUUUUUGACACGGUGACCUGUCUGGGCCCAGCAUGUUGCAGAUGUGUAUUUAUGCACAAUGGUAUGCAUAUCUCUGUGUGACUGUCAGUGUUGCAAGCUGGCUGGAUCCAACCAUCUCUUCUGAAAUAAUGCAUCCAAAGGGCUGAUAUUCUGGGGGAGGUCACUGCAGAAGGAUGGAACUGACCUUUAUUCCCCAGUGGGCAGUUACUGAGCUUUCUGCCUCAGAGCCGUGCUGGCAGCCCUGGGACAGAGAACGGUGUGGCUUUGACUGCCUCUGCAUGGAGUCUUGCCCCAGACUCCUGAAGACUGCACCAGAAAUGAGGAAGAUCAGGGACAACCUGGGAACAGAAGAAUAACUUUCAAAGCCAGUGCUCAGCUUCUCUCCCCCGUGCUAGCGUUUACAGGCCCUAACUCAAACCAGAUGCCUGUACUAGUUUUUAGACCCUAAAUCAACCUUUCUGAGCCACAGUUUCCAGCUGGGAAUAAUGAUGCCUGCCCUACCUACCUCACAGACUUGUUAUGAGGAUAAAGUGAGAUUAAACUGCCUCAAAGUGCUUUGUAAA